AUCCCAAUUCUCUGCCUUCGGCCUUCAAUCUAGGGUUUCUUUCGAUUAGAAAAUAAAAUAAAAAAAUCCAAUCCAGCGUUCUUCUUCUCUCCUUUCCUAGUUGCGAUCCUCUUUGCUGCGAAAGAUGAACCAAAAGCCGACCCAGUCGAGUUUUGAUUCCGACGGCGAGCAGACGGUCAGCUCUGAGCGGGCGAUUCCUCUCUCGAACACUUCCGCAGAUGAAACACCUGGUUUCGGAUCUGACGCAAAGAGGCAGAAGGUCGAAGAAGAAGACGAGAAAGUCAAGGGUGGCGACGGCGACGUGUCCGUGGAAGCCGAAGAUGAUGGCACUGACGAGAUCGAGGAUGAAGAUGAUGAUUUCGUGGAGGUCAAUCAGUAUUCUCCGAAGGUGAUGACGUGGAACAGAUGUUCGGAAGAUGAUGAAGGCUACCAACGAUACGUCAAGAAAAUCGUUGAUAGCCAGGGUUUUGAUUUGGACGAAGACCCUCGACAGGAGUACCUUUUCCCUGGUUUCGGAGUGUGUAAGGUCUACUUUGAAGAUCCUCAGCACGCCCAUCACAAGGAAUAUGUUCGCAAGUGCAUCACCGAAGCGAUUAAGCAACAGUCUGAACCUGUCUGUUGAUUGCUUAAUUUCCUUUUCCCGAGCUUCCAUUAUAAUUUUUUUCGUAUGCUAUCAUAACACAGCUCUCUACUCAUCUCUAUGUUGCAGCUGACGUACGUUGAUACCUUGAGUGCGAAUUACGCAGUAAAUGUUGGUUACAUCUAUUUCAUUACAUUUCGAGCCACGCAGAAUUCGACAUCUUCGGAGCUCAAAACCUUCCAAACCGAGGUUUCACAUGACAUUUGGGGUGAGAUGAAGGUAGAAAUAUUCCGGGAGAAACCCCAGUGAUCGAAUGUAGCUUAUCAAGACCUUUCUAGGGUAAUGUGUUAACCAUGUAAUCAACUCCUGGAUUUUGUGUUUUAUGACACUUCCGAUCCUACUCAUGUGGUUCUAAUCAUGAUGCUUGUGCAUUGAAAUUUUGUUUGCUUCGUUCAGCGAUGUUAAGUUAUUGAACAUAGAGGUAACAGUUAAUAUCUUUGUAUGGUUGGUGCGUUACUCAGUUACUGUCGGAGCAAAUGAAUAUGCAGAAUAAUUUUUUGAUGU